UUCGUUACAAUAUAUCUGCCAAGCUUUUAAACAUGUUUGUCAGCAUAUUGGGUCUUUAUUUCUUUAUUUAGUAGCCCUUGCUAAAAGUGAACAAAAAAUGAAGACAAUAAAUUAGCUGAUUUAGCCGGAGUCUACUCUCUAUUUACCUUACAUGUACAAUACAUGUACAUUUAAUGUGAAGGUGUAAACACAUUAGCCACUGUUGUAUUGUACAUAAUCAUGAAGUUGCAGCUAUGUAUUUACUUUGAACUACUGUGUUGUGUUGACCGUUAGCACGAUCGUUUGAGAACGAGGAGCUGAGAACCGUGCAUUAUGAUUCACCGUUAAGCAACGUUGUACCGGAAAUACGACUGAACGAACUAAUGAACGAACUAUAUGAACCGAUUCUUCCAGCUGAACUGACCGACGGGAACUGAAUCUCGACAACGAAUCAUGAAAUCCAUCACUAGCUAACACGCCAGACCAAAGACAUUUUAAGGUCUCUCGUGUCAGCGUGAAUGUUACCUACAUGAACAAAUCAAAAUGCAUGCUUGUUUGGUGUUGAUUACCUUAAUAUUCUUUAACCUGUUUCCUUCCUUUAGCAAAGUUGUGAUUAGCCUUUAGCUGUCCAAGGCUAUAUUUGGGUGGUUGAGCUCUGCAUGCUUUACUGUAGGGGGAGAGUUGUCUUAUUCACCUCUUCAAUACAAAGCCAGUCUAUUUCUCAUUUUGUAAUGGUAGAAGCGACAGCUUCUGGGGGUGGCGUGGCGGCCUAUGUUUUGGGUUGAUUUCUUAGAUAACAGUUGGAGAUUUUAUAAUGUGGUACCAGUUCAUUGCCGCAGCCAACUUCACUGUUCAGAAUUGCAUGACCUCUGUCAGGUAUCUUAACAGCAGUGUAGUGUGAACAACAGUGCUGUUUGUGUGAGUAUGUGUUAGAUAUGGAAAUUAAGUGAACUGACUGAAAAUAAAAUGAUCAAUUAGGAUAUUGGACUAAACUGGUCUUUUUUUUCUCCUUUUUUUCCCCCAAAUCUUGGGCUCUCUUUUUGGCAUGGUUAUGGUUUCUCGGCAUUCUGAGAUUUCUUGGGACAAUUUUGCCCUUUCAUUUCUGACACUGGAGCAGAUUGACCUGUUUGCUUGAGAAUGAUCAGGGAAACAGAGACUUCUCUGUUCUUCUUGAUCAACCUCUUGUUUUAUGUCUGCCCUGUAUAAGAUUUUUUUUUUUACAUUUAUAUUACAGACCAUUAUAUAUUAUAUUAUAUAGACAAAUUUUUUCGGAUUUGAAUCUCAAACCAGUCGCCACAUUUUCUAUCACCUCAUUCCCCCUCAUGUCUUCUCCCCAACCAUCUUGACUUUAUCUGCCACUUAACUUUUUGACUUUGUCAGCCUUCCCUUCUUUACCCUCCUGUAUCAUGUCUAAUUAUCAAAGUCAGUGUGUGUCUACAGGGAGCUCCUCCAUACCUCCUCAUCAAAGCCUCUGUUUGUGUUUGCUUGUUUAUCUCUGGCUGCUAUUCUAGGCGCUCUCCUGGAGCCCUGAUGAGACACAAGCCUCCACUCCCCACGGAGGCUUAUACUAUGGAUGAGACGGAGAAGUACCAACAGCGACUGGAGGCCAUUGCUGAGAAGCGUCGGCUGCAGGAGGAACAGGACAAAGCCAGAAGAGAGAUGGAGGAUGAGAAACUGAGACUACAACAGCUCAAGAGAAAGUCUCUGAGGGACCAGUGGUUGAUGGAGGGACCACCUUUGUCCCCAACAUCCCUGGACAGCCAGAGCCCUCGCUCCCAGGCCCAGGAGAUUGAGAAGCGCAUUGACAAGUUGCAGGCAGAGAGUCAGCAGCUGGCAGAGGAGGAAGAGAAGUUGAAGGAACAGAUGCAGGAUGUCCAAAUGGAGGCAGUGAAAGUGGCAGAGGCCGGAGUAGAAAUAGUCCAAGAUGCUCUUGUGCAGAAUGGAGAAAGCAAUGCUAUAGGAUCAGAAACCACUGAAGGCGAAGUGAUGACAAACCAAACCCCACUACUGGAAGAAGCAGCAACUGUGCUAACCAAUGGCAGAGAUGACACAGAGGCAAAUAUAAAUCAUAAUACUGCAGAGCAGAUAAUUCAGUCCACCACCAACGGGCCUGUCGGAGCAACUGAGGGUGUUGUUAGCAUUAAGUUGGAACCUGGGAUGAGCCUGCAUGUCUCAGAGGCAGAGAUUGGUCAGGCUCCAAAUUUCAGCAUUGAUGAGGGGGAAGAAGGGACUCUGGUAAUGAGAGCAGAACGUGUGAUCAUCACAGAUGAAGGGGAUGAUGCACCUGAGGGUCUUACACCCCAGGAAGAUCAGCAGGAGACCAUUCAACCAGAGGAAACCCCUCUACCAAAUUCAGAAGCAGGCACAGUUGGAGGGGAGGCUGAGGAGGUGGUGAUAAAAACCGAGGCAGCUUCAGAAACUUUGACAGAAUCAGAAAAGAGACAGACUCCAGAGGAACAACCAGAAAAUGGAGAUGCGUACGUGGAGAACAAAAAUGGAGAUGGAGAGAAAAAAGCUGAAGCACAGGACAACCAAUUGGAAGCUCCAGCCUCUGUGCAGCUGCAGUCCCCAGCCAAUGCUCUAGAGGGCACUACAGUGGCUUUGGUGCCAGUCUAUUCUGAGGAGCAACCCAGCGCUCUCACCCCAGAGCUAGGGGCAGAGGGUAAAGUUGCAAGAGCACCAGAGGGGGCUGAGGCUUCUUUAGUCCAGGACCUUGUCCAAGACCCUGCCAUCGUCCCUGGUCAGUUUCAGGAGGUUCCCCUGGCUGAUCCCCAGGAGAAGAAGAGGACAGAGGCAGAGCCGGGGGAGCAGGAACCUCUUCUGUACCAGACCAAAGCCCCCAACACCCAGGCAGAGCCAGCAGCAGCCAGCAGCCCAGCCAGCAUGGAGACAACCGGCCCAACCAGGGCCAAUCAGGGAGAGGAGACUGAAGCACCCAAACACAAAACCUGCCAGUGCUGCUCUGUCAUGUAAAUGCCCACACAUUUCCUCUCUCUCUCUUCAGUCUGCCAGUAUCCUUCAGUCUGUCUCUCUGCUGUUAAAUUCAUAACACACUGCUUCCCUUGUCUCCUAAUUUUUUUAACUCAUCCUUUUUCAAAAAAAAUACGCCCACAAGCUACUUCCCUUUCCUCUCUUUUUACCCCCUGCCCUCAUUCUUGUAUACAUCUUGAGACUUCCUCAUGCUGUUCUUAAGCUUUCUCCUCCUCUCCAAGAGGAAGUGAGCUCUCUCCAACAUGAAGAGAGACGAGGUAUGGACUGUAUUUGUCAGUGUUUAAGUGCCUUUUGGAACUCACUACCCAUGACUGCACUUUAAAUUUACUUCACACAAUGUGGACUAAAACAUGGGGCAUUUUCUACACAGUUGGAGUUUGAUUUAAUUUUCCUGGAUAGCAGACAAUCCAGCCAAACUACAUAGUCUACAAAAUCUACAUUUUAGAUGCAGUUAAGCACAAAACAGACUAAAGAUGUUUUAUUGUAAACUGUUGUAUCUACGUGUAUAAUUAAUUGGGUAGUUUUCAUAAUGUAAAUAUGAGAGUAAACUGGAAAAGAUGUGUAGAGGUUCAGAGAGGAUAUUAUUCUAAUUUAAUGGCUUUGAAGCUGAAUUAUUUUUAUUGAUUUUAUUGAUAUGUUUAAUCCAAGUAUACAGCCUUAACCUUUUAUCCACUCUGCAAUGCAGUUACACAUACUUAGUAGUAUGAGAUGGUCUCAUUUAUAAACUGAAUAUUCUGUGGGCCAUCAUCAGUUUUACAAGAGAGAUUAUUUUUAAAAUAACUGAAAUUAAUGAAAUUAAUUUUGUAUUUUUACCAGAUUUCUUUUGAUGAGAGGCUACACAGCUCCUGACAUGGAUGUAUAUACUGUAGGCAGAAAGCAUGUGGAAUUGAGAUUGUCUGAAAUGUCAGUUUUGAAAUGAUUAAUGAAUGGUUUAAUGAUUAAACUGACCUUUGUGAUACAUUACGUGAUGUA